GAGCAAUUGAUUUGGCAGGCGGGCGGGCUGUGAGAGUGCCUUGAAAAGAAGACGACUAUGCGGGGAUCUCCGAACAGUUGGAGAACUGAGGGAGGGCAGAUGAUUGGAAUUGAAAAUCAAGGAGGAAGCAGUGAAAUCCUGGCACUUGUGAACCAGCUAAAUGUACAUCUAGAACAGGAACCAAAAUAUCAGCCAAGGAUAAGUGGUUUGAAGGUCAUCGAAUCAGCACCUGAGAGUGGAAUUCGGAUGACUGUGCGACUGAGAGAGUAUGAAGUCAAGGAUCUCCUUAGUCUGUCCCAGUUCUUCGGCUUUAGAACUGAUGCAUUUGUCCUGGCUGUCAGUUUGCUUGAUAGAUUCCUAGGAUUGAUUAAGGUGCAGCCAAAACAUUUAUGCUGUGUUGGCCUGUGCUGCUUUUACCUUGCUGUGAGAGCAACUGAAGAAGAGCACAGUGUUCCACUUGCCAGUGACCUGAUUCGAAUCAGUCAAUGUAGAUUCACCAUUUCAGAUAUGAUGAGGAUGGAGAAUAUUGUAUUGGAAAAGUUGCGCUGGAGAGUGAGAGGCCCAACUGCCUUGGACUUUCUGCGACUAUAUCACAAACUCAUUAUGAAUUGUUCUUCAACUGAAAGGAGAAUGAUGCUGAAUUUCGAGCAACUUGAAUCCCAGCUUAAAGCUUGUAAUUGUCGCUUUGUAUUCUCCAAAACAAAAGGGUCCAUAUUGGCACUGUCAAUCAUUGCACUGGAGGUCCAAACACAGAAAUUAUAUGAAUUAACAGAGACCAUAGAGAGUCUACAACAACAUUCUGAAAUAAAUGACCAUGAUUUGUUCUAUUGGCAAGAUCUUGUUGCAGAAUGUUUAGCAGAAUAUUCAUCAUCUAGCUGCUCCAGACCUAGUAGCAAAAGACUCAUGUGGAUCGUAUCAAGACGUACAUCCAGGCGACUUCACAGUUACCAUCAGAUAACUCCUCUUCCAACAAUUCCUGAAACUGCUACUUGUACUGAACGAGAACCAUAAUACACCAUGCACCAAAAAAGAACAAUGGUUGUCAGAUUUAGUGCCUCAACAGUUAGCCAAUUUUGAUCUUCACCAGAUGUCUUCCUGAAGAGCUGCAGCAUUGUGAAGUAGUGCACGGGAAGUAGUUCUGAAAAAUAUAACUAGCAGCUAUUAUUUUAAUAUUGCAUCUCUAAAUGUUUUCUAGGUGAGAUAUGAUUGGUACGAUAUUCAGCCUUUUGUAUUCAACCAUCAUGUAACUAUGCAGAGCUCAGGCAAAUGUUGAAUUUUAUAUACAGUUAUUUGGUUCUCAGUUCAACUUAAAACCUUUUAAUUAAUCUAAAAUCUUAAGUGAAAUUUGUAAUUACUUAAGAUACAAAUGCAUAUGACUCAUUUCGUUUAGGAAAUGGAAAUUCAUUGAUUCUCCGUGUCCGCUUCCAUUAUCAUACACGUCGACUAUCAAUUACUUUACUUCUUUCUCCUACCUCAAGCUUGAAGAAUCGAAGUGCAGUCAGAUGUAGAAAGAUCCUAGAAGUGGACUAAACACAGAUGUAUUUAGUCAUUCUUUUGAGUCUACUAAUGCAUAUUUAUUUGGCAAAUAAAUUUGUUUAUUAAUGAACAAAAUGCCUGUUUUUGACAUGUCAAUGGCUGAGACGAGGCUAUGGUUUCAUAACACUCCUUUUAAUUUCUACAGCUCUGACAGGCUAUGGGGAGAACUUAAUUGAGCAGGUGUGAUAGUGGGAGAGAUGCCAUCCGAUUCCUGGUGUUGGGAACACUGUCCUCAGUUAAAAUCAGUGCAGGAAGGGGUUGACACAGGAAUCUUGUUACUCUUGGAUUUUCCUAAACUCUACAAAAAGUGACAUUUACACAAUGUUUAGGUUUGGUACACAGUCUGUGGAAUAAAAGUUCUAAUUUUGUAAGCAGGAGAGUGGAAGAGUGGCGUUUUAUUUUAUGAUUUUACAGAAAAUAUUUAAAAUUUUUGUCAUCAGAUGCUGAAACUCAAUAUGCUCAAGUAGUGUUUCUAAUUCAAGGCUUCAGGUCCAGACAAAUGUAAAUUGCAUCACUGUUUCACUUGUGUGGAGGAAGCUGAGAGAGACUACAGUUAAAUGUUCUGAUGGCUGUGCUCCAGUUUCUCUAAGCAUUGCAGAGUUGUUACAUGUUAUGUUCAAACUUUAGAGUAAACAAAUAGUGCCUUUAAUUUUUGUCCCAAAAAUGUUGACUUAACUAUCUACACUGGCACUACCAAUUGGAGUUGCCUUGCAGAGAACGGGCGAGGGGAAUUGGUACUGGCAUGUGUUGUGGAUUUUCUUGUAUGGGAAGAUGUGGCAGAAAUGUUGUUGCUAUGGGCAGACUAAGCCUGUGAUCCUUGUAGUGAGCCAUUCAUUGUCAGGUUACUAUUGUACUACAGGUUUUUAAAAUUUAAAACAAAGCUUUUAUUUAUGGCUCACUUCAAGCAUUGUUGUUAGGACUUUUAUUCCUUCUGUGAAAGGAGGUGGUCAAGAAAAAGAUGCAAAAGAGAUAGUAAGAACUGCCUAUGCUAGAGUCAGAGAUAAGUGUGGAGCUAGAGGAACACAGCAGGCCAGGCAGCAUCAAGCUGAUGUUUCAGCUCAGGCCCUUCUUCAGAUGGUGGGGAUUGGGCAGUGAGAUGGGAGAGAAAAUGGACAGGUAGUGUCAGGUCAAGGAGGCAGGGAUGAGAGAGAGGGUUGGUCGUGGGAUGAGGCUCAGGGUAGGGAGAUUUUGAAACUAGUAAAAAUCCACAUUUAGGCCACAACCUGUCCAUCUGUCCUACUUUUCCAUCCCUCCUACCUCAUUGACCCAUUCCCACCAUUUCCUACCUGCACUCACCUAUCAUCGUCCCACCUACCUCUCCAAGCCCCACUCUCCUCUAUCCUUUCCCUUCCCCUAUUUCUGAAGGCAGGUCCCGACCCAAAACAUGAACUUUUCCGUUCCUUUAAUGGUGCCUGGCCUGCUGUGUCCCUCCAACUCCACACUUAUCUCUUCUAAAAGAUGUAAAAGCUUGUUGUCAUUACAGGACAGUUUCUAGGUAUAGAGGCUGCUUAUUUGAAGCUCCUAACUCAUGAAACUGUAAAAGGGUGUUCUGGCAGUUAGGACAAGCUAACUUAUGUAGAAGAAAUAGUUUGAGGAAGUGAAUUGAAUUUUAUGGUGAAUCGGAGGCUUCUGAGCAUGGAUUUUAUUAGAAUCAACACAACAAAAGACAUUACAGGUGGAAAAUUACUGAAGCAGAGUUUAAAUCCCUUUUCAAUGAAAGGAAUGGUUAGCAUUCACUUUUUGACAAGGAUGUUAGCACUUGUUUCUUUAUUAAACAAAUGUAGGGUAGAUUUAGUACAUUCUCCGCUUGAAAUGCUGAUUCCUAAUUGUUAAAUGUCAAAGAUAUUAGGUCAGUGUAUUUCAAGCAAUUUUGAAACAAAAAAUGCCAAAAUAAAAUGCACAUUAAAAUCAACUGAAGUCUUCUCAAAUGUCAGUGACUGUUUAUACUUUGUGAAAACCUUUUUUGGCUUGUUCCACUAACCCAAUUAACCAUUUGCUUUUCCAUUUGUGCUGUUGUUACUGAAUUAGUACUCUUUGUAAAUUGAGCAUAUUGUGCACUGAGUGUUUCAGCUUAUUGGUCAGCAUGUUGCAAGUAACCAACAAAACUAUUGUUUUCCUAAUUAGAGUUUGGAAGGGGAAAUAUUUGCUCAAACAAGAGCUUAUAUAAUUAAAAUGCUAUUGAAAAUUAAUUUAGAGUUGUGAGCAAUAUUGUUCAGCUCAGAGAUUAAAUGCUAUUGUCAAAUUCAUUUAGUGGACCAAGUUCUGAAUUUUCCCAUUUUUGUCAGAUGUUUUAAAAUCACUCAUGGCAACAAGACAUAUACAUGUGACUAAUAAAAGUGAACAAAUAUUGAAAAGCAACUGCACUGAAAUUGACAAAUGUUAACAUAUUACAUUGUGUAAAAUUCCAGGACACUAAAAGUUUGCCUUUUAGUGUUCACUUUAAAAGAAUUACAUUCUUAUUCAACAUUGUUUCUUACUACGAUCUGUGAUUGUUGUUUUUCGAUAGUACCAUGAAAUAUAGAAUGGGUUAGUUACAGGCCUGUGGAGUAUGAAACUGUUUCUAAUGACAGCUUGA